UAUUUUAAGCGGGGAAGGCAUCCUAUCAGUGGGUUGGGUUCUGAAUAGCGCCGCACCACCGAAAGCGACCGCAGAGUCUCUCUCCCACACUGCGCUCGCUCUCUCUGCGCAAGCAUUAUUCUUGCUCGUUAAGAAGAGAGGAAAACCAGAGAGAGAGAGAGAGAGGUGACUUGACGAUAUAGUGUGUCAAUCUUCUUUUUGGGGUUCUGGAAGGGGAGAGGGAGGUGAGAGUGUAGAGACAUUGGAGCCGUGGAAUCGGAUGGUGGGUGGGAGAGAGUGAAGGAGAUUUGUUUCUGGACAUUUCAGCUUUAGGUUGGUAGAAAUUUGGGAUUUUUUAAACGGCAGUUAUGAAGUUUAUGAAGCUGGGAUCGAAGCCAGAUUUGUUUCAAUCUGAAGGGAACAAUGUUAGCAUCAGCAUUGGGAUGGAAAUAUUUUUAGAAGCCUCAAACAAGUUGAUGGCGACGCUUCCUCAAGUUUGUGUCAUCAGAACUGGCAACUGAUGUCAUUAUUAUUGUCGAUGAAGUCAAGUUCUAUUUGCACAAGUUUCCUCUUCUUUCAAAGAGUUACCGGCUGCAGAGAUUGAUUCUUGAAGCUAACUGUGAAGACACAGACAAGAUUACCAUGAAUGAUUUUCCCGGUGGACCUCGAGCUUUCGAAAUAUGUGCUAAAUUCUGUUAUGGAAUGACUGUUACUCUCAAUGCCUACAACGUCGUCGCGGCCCGAUGCGCCGCAGAAUACUUGGAAAUGACCGAGGAUGUCGAAAAAGGAAACUUAAUCUACAAAAUUGAGGUUUUCUUAAACUCGAGUGUAUUGCGCAGUUGGCGAGAUUCAAUCAUUGUUUUGCAAACCACAACUUCCUUGAUGCCUUGGUCAGAAGAACUGAAGAUUGAGGGAAGAUGCAUUGAUUCCAUCGCUUCGAAAUCCUCCGCGGAUCCUUCUAGUGUUCACUGGUCAUACACUUAUAACAAUAGACCGAUAAUUUCGGAUAAUAAGAUAACUGAGAUUCAGCAAAAGAAUUUGGUUCCCAAGGACUGGUGGAUUGAGGAUAUAUGCGAGCUAGAUGUUGACCUCUAUAAGCGUACAAUGGUGGCUAUAAAAUCAAGAGGAAGAAUGUCUUCUGAUUUGAUAAUAGAGGCUUUAAAAGCUUAUGCAAUGAGGUGGUUGCCAGACUCUUAUGACACCUUAGUUGCUGAUGACUACAUUAGAAGAAAUAAGUCUCUUGUUGAAACCAUCAUCUGGCUUUUGCCAUCAGAUAAGGCUUCUGUAUGUUCUUGCAGGUUUUUGUUGAAAUUGCUUAAAGUUGUUAUUUUGGUUGAUUCUGGAUGUUUUUUGAAAGAGGAGUUGAUGAAUAGGAUAAGUACACAAUUGGAUAAAGCAACCGUUAAGGACUUGUUAAUACCAUCAAGGUCAUCAGGUGAAAUCUCCUAUGAUGUUCCUUUAGUGCAAAGCCUAGUUAAUCGGUUUAUGAUGCAAGAGAGAAGUGCUCGGGAUUUGGAUUAUGAUGACUGUGAAAAUAGAGGAGGAUUAGUUUUAGGCCAUGCAUCUUUACUUAGUGUAGGUAAAUUGGUUGAUGGCUACCUUGUUGAAAUAGGAAGUGAUCCGAAGCUUUCGAUGUCGAGCUUCGUUGAUCUUGUGCAAUCACUUCCAGAUGCAGCUCGGCCGACGCAUGAUGGAUUAUAUGCUGCUAUUGAUAUCUUCCUUAAGGAGCACCCUGAGCUAACAAAAGCAGAUAAGAAGAAGCUUUGUUCGUUGUUGGAUUUGAAAAAACUCACCCCAGGUGCAUCCAUCCAUGCUGCACAGAAUGAUCGGCUGCCACUACGGGUUGUGGUUCAAGUCCUCUUCUUUGAGCAGAUGAGAGCAGCUUCCACUGCAGGAACUUUAAAAGCUGCAACUAAUAGUAUACUAAAUGGGAGCACAAGAUUGACAGGAGAGGUUGAAGAAGAAUGGGAAGCGCCAGCCUCAGACAAUUGUAAGUCCUUAGAAAAACAGUUAAGGUUCCUAAAAGUUGAGGAAGAUGAGAGGCUUAGAAGGGAGACAAAGAAUGAGAAUGAGAAGGAUAACAAGAGCAGAUUAUUACCAUCCAGGUCAAGAAGAAUAUUGGAUAAGUUUUGGGCAGGUAAGGUUCAAGUUGUGCAGAACAACAGGAGCUCUGAAACUUCAGGCAGUUCGCAGAGCCCUCCUACGUCUGCAAAUCCCGUGGAGGCGUCCACGACAAAGUCUUCCGGUUCUUCGUCAAGGCACCGUAGGCACUCUGUAUCUUAGAACAGUUUUUUAUUUUUUAUCUUUAAUGAUUAUUUUAA